AUGAGAACGAACGCGUUCUCUAUCUCCGCUUCCGCUUACACUCACUCCUCUUUUCCUUACUCACAUUCAUCAUCACAUCUACAACAACAUGCACUGCUACAGAAUCGGAAAAUUCAGAUUCUCUGCAAACACGGACCUAGCUUGAAGAAGCUUACACUGUUUAAUUUGAAUUGCAGAAGAAGGACAACUUUCAUAUGUGCAGCCCAUGGGGAAGCCGAAGAAGCUUUUAAGAAAACUGUAGAGCUUGAUAAACUCAUUGAUAUGCUUAGAGAAGCUAAUCCUCGUGAACUUGAGAAACUUGUGGCCGAAAACAUUCUCGCUUUUAAUCCAGACUUCUGGAUACGACUUGCUGCAAGAUCGGAUACUUGUAUAUCUGAGGAUGAUAAAAAAGAUUAUGAAGAAUUGGCAACAACGGUUAUGAGUGUGGUGGAUCUUAUGGUUCAUAAGACUAAGGAAAGGAUAGAGUCUGCAACAGAUGUCCUGAAGGGAAUUCUAAAACCUGUUGUUAAUGAUGAAGGAGAAAUUCCUUGGCCUCCCCGAGAUCCUCAAGCACUCACAUUGAUGGAAAUGGAAAUAAAUCGAAGGGGCCAAGUAGGACAGCUGGAUGAAGGGUUCCUUGCUGAAGUUAGUGCACAACUAAGACAAGCAAAGGAAGAUGGUGAUAAGCCUGGGCUUGAGGCUAUGUUGCAAAAGGUUUUGCAGCUGUACGCUUCCAACUCUCUCUCAAAACGUAGUUAUGCCAUGAAAGGUGAGAAAGUUUUGAAGGAUGAGCAAUUCCUUGAAACCAUAAUCCAAGCUCCUGAACAAGAAUGGAACGGUAUUUUGAUCAAUGGAUUAACAAUUGGUGCUGGGGAUGUUUCACCAGAGGAGCUCUAUGCUGUCUUGAAGAAACGAAGGGAACGCACUUUAAUUAGAACUGAGGGAGGUUCUUACCAACAACGGGUUCUGACGGAGUACCUGAAAGGCAUAGAAACUAGAGCACAUGAGAUUGUUCAAGUGCUUCAGAGCCAGGGGAAACCACAAUAG